UAGAGCACAACUGCGAUCUUUCGGAACAAGAUUGUUAGUAAAGCGACGAAACAGACAAAUCAGUUAGUUGGUGGUUGUAUGACAAGGAUUUGAAGUUACAGUUCGUUUAAAUUUAAAUUACAAAUCUAAAAAAAAAGUUAUUAAAAAUAAUUUGGCCUCCAACUUAUUUACGGUUUUUCUACUUUAUUAAUAAUUGUAUAAAUAUUUUUAGUGUUUAGAGUAACUAAUACUUGAGAAAAAAGUGAAAUAAAAUAACACAAGAAAGAAAAAGUUGGAAAUUUAUUUUUUGUUUAAGUGGAAAUUCAUUCAAAUGUAAAGUAUUUAAAGCCGCGCGUUUCUUUAAAGUGCAAGUUGGCGUGUUUUAAAAGAAAAUCCAACAAUAUUGAAUAAAACAAAUUCGUUAAAAAGGCAAAAUAAAUAAAUAAACAAACAAAUAAAGUGUUGUUUUUAUAGCAAAAAAAUUGACUUCAACUUUGUUCACUAAAGGCAAAUUAAAAUUUAAUUAAAAAGAAAUAAACAAAAUAUUUAAAAAAAACCGCUCCUAAAUUGUGUUAACAAUCUUCUGCGCAGAAAAUAAAUUCAAUAAAGCUAUAAAUUGAGCAAAUUGAAAUUCCCCAAAAAAACCAUGUCAAAGUUAAGUAAAACAUCCGCUUCCUUGGUGAAACGUACCUCUUUUUCGGCAGCUGUAACACCAUCAAUUAUUUCACAUCAUAUCACACAACAACAGCACGGAUCACAUGAAAAGGAAGUCAAUAAAUCUCGUGCCAAACAAAGUCAAAACAAUUUGAAAUCGAACAAUGCCGAUAAUAUACGUUCCUAUAAUGAAGUACCUGGUCCCUGGGGCAUGCCAUUUAUUGGCAAUUCUUGGCGUUUUGCACCGGUUAUAGGUCAUUACAAAAUCAGUGAACUGGAUAAAGUAAUGAAAGAGCUGCACAUAAACUAUGGUAAAAUUGCCAAAGUUGGCGGCUUAAUUGGUCAUCCAGAUUUGCUGUUUAUAUUCGAUGGCGAUGAGAUACGAAAUAUAUUCAAAAAAGAAGAAACUAUGCCGCACAGACCUUCAAUGCCUUCUUUGAAAAAUUAUAAAGGAAAAUUACGAAAGGAUUUCUUUGGUGAUACGGCGGGAUUGAUUGGUGUACAUGGCAAAAAUUGGGAGCUAUUUCGCCAGGAAGUACAACAGAUAUUAUUACAGCCACAGACGGCUAGAAAGUAUAUACCACCUUUAAAUGAAAUUGCCACAGAAUUUAUGCAAAGGAUACAUGAAAUGCGCGAUGAAAAUGAUGAAUUGCCCGAUAACUUUUUACAUGAACUUUACAAAUGGGCUUUGGAAUCUGUGGGUAGAGUUUCUUUGGACACUAGAUUGGGUUGCUUGGACCCCGAGGGCAAUGAAGAGUCACAAAAGAUUAUAAAUUGCAUAAAUACCUUCUUUUGGGCAGUACCUGAAUUGGAAUUGAGAAUGCCUUUAUGGAGAUUCUAUCCCACAAAGGCUUAUAGAAGUUUUAACAAAGCCUUGGAUGAUUUUACAGAAAUUUGUAUGAAAAAUAUAAGCCGCACCAUGGAUGCAGCUGAUAAUUGUACUGUUAAUAAAGCGGAAGGGGAUAUAAGUAUUGUGGAAAGAAUUGUCCGUAAAACGGGCAAUCGCAAAUUGGCAGCCAUAUUGGCAUUGGAUUUAUUCUUAGUGGGUGUAGAUACGACUUCAGUGGCUGCAUCUUCUACCAUCUAUCAAUUGGCUAAAAAUCCUGAGAAACAGCAAAAACUAUUUGAAGAAUUACAGCGUGUUUUUCCAACACGUGAAGCGGAAAUUAAUCAAAAUGCCCUUGAACAAAUACCAUAUUUGAGGGCUUGUAUUAAGGAAACUUUAAGAAUGUAUCCGGUGGUUAUAGCCAAUGGUCGUAGUUUACAAUCCGAUGCUGUAAUCAAUGGUUAUCACAUACCAAAAGGUACCCACGUAAUUUUUCCACAUCUAGUGGUCUCAAAUGAUACAACAUAUUUCCCAGAACCAAAACGAUUUUCACCCGAACGAUGGCUUAAACAAAAUGAUGUUUCCCAAACCGAUAGAACAUCAUCAGUCUGUCCACAUGCUGGUCACAAAAUACAUCCCUUUGUCAGUUUACCAUUUGGCUUUGGGCGUCGUAUGUGUGUUGGACGACGUUUUGCGGAAAUUGAAUUACACACCCUAUUGGCCAAGAUAUUUCGUAAAUAUAGAGUGGAAUACAAUCAUGGUGAAUUGGUUUAUAAAGUCAAUUCAACCUACAUACCAGAGUCACCGUUAAAUUUUAAAUUAACUUUAAGGGAGAGCUGAAAUAUUUAAAUUGCUAUCGAUGAUGAUGAAUUCAAAAUGCUGGAAUCCAGUUGUAUAUACAGAUAGUUAUAUAUAUUUUAUUUAAAUAGAAUUUAAGUUUAUAGCACAUAAAUAA